ACCCACGGUCCAGAUCUACUUGCAUGUCCACAGCGUCAAGUCGUUGCGGAGAUGAGGAGGUCCACAGCUCUCAAGGCGGCGGCGGCGGCGGCGGCGCUGCUGGUGCUGCUCUCGCUGACGGCGGCGUACAUGUCGUACUGGGAGAGGAUGGAGGAGGAGAUCCACGGGAUGUUCAUGGAGUAUAAAGCCCGCUGCAACAAGACCUACAACUCCACCACCGGCGAGGAAGAGUACCGGUACGCGGUGUUCGAGGAAAACUUCCGCCGCGGCUACCGCGUCUCCGUCUGCAUCUUCGGCGACAUGACCAGCGAGGAGGUUAGCGCAUGGAAACCCGGCGCAUUACCCUUCGAAAAAGGCCGAAUUAUUAGGUGGCCAGCGGCAGCAGGUAGUCCUUCCGCCGGUGGAAGAAGGGAGCAAUGGCCGAGGUGAAGUGGUUUCCAGUUAUUGAGGGAAAUGAAGUCUUGAGAUAGCACCAUUCAUGGAGAGAUGAAGCAUAGGUGGACCUGAAUAUGGCUAUUGCAUGUAAUAAAUUUGAGUUGUAAAAUGUAUGCAUUUCCGGAGGAUGAAAUGAGAAAAAAAAAGGUAAAGUCCACUGUCGUUUUCUAAA